UCCCCACGGCAAUGCCAAACAGUGGGAGAGGUUAACUGGCAUUGCCAAAAACCCAGCCGAGGUGUGUAGUGAGUGCCAGGGAGAGAGCACUGUGGUUAUGCCAUGUUUUAUUUACUUGCAUAAUACUGGCCACAUAAAGGUCUCUGGCAAAACCAAACCUGGCAACGCUUAAGGAUGCUAUACGUAAAAGUUGAACUGAAAGUUUGUGCGCUGACUGCUUUCAUUAAUGAGUAUUUCAUUUGUAUUAAAGCAUCCUUAAAAAGAAAAAAAAAAAAAACAUCCUUAAAAAGAAUCUCGGUGCUUUGUCAUUGCUGCUCUAGCACUUGGAGAGUUUUCAGUUUAAAUCUAUGUAGCAAAUUUUAAACUAUACCUAGCCCCUAAUAUCAUAAGAGUUUGUUUUCAGUUUCUUACUGAAUAAUAACUGACUUACUGAAUAAGUAAAGUCUCCUGCUGUUUGUGAAAGAAUAUUUUUCUAAGCCUGGCUCGAUGCUGUUGAGGCAAUAACGGAGUCAUGAGGCAUGAAGCCACUUCAGUAUCAUUGUGUGAUCCCGCACUUGGAAGAGAUGUGGAUAUUUCAUGCGUGCGGAUCCUGAGUGUGAAGGGGGUGAAGUUUGGCUGGUCUGGUUUGUGUGUGCUGUUGGCUCUGCUCCCUUUUGGAAGGAAUGGCUUUAAGGUAUGACUUCUUUCCCGUAGUGACUGUUUUCCAAAAUACUUGGAAAACAGGAGAAGUAGAAAACCAGUUAGUGUUUUGCGUUGCUUUUCUGUCUUCCUUCCCGCUCUUAAACAGUCUCACAGAAAUUGAAGAAAGCAAUGAGAAGCAGCAGUCUGGCUAAGACAUGCCAGCUGUAUUGCCGUGCAGUCCUUCCAGGAACAGCAGGCUAAUUGGGUGUCCAAGUGUGCUCCUGUUCCAAUGAAAUCUUUAUGUUUACGUGUAAAUUGAGAGCAGGUCCACUUUGUCUGGUAAGUCUGGAUGUGUUUAAUGUGAAUAAACCACCUGAUUACUGUAGGACGUCUUUUUUAUUUGGGCUUUUACAGUAAGGAUUGCUGAAAUCUCUUGGCACUGGAAGACUUUUCAGUUUGGAUCCUGGGUCAAUAACAUCAGAUAAGUAAAAUUCCAGUUUUAGUUAUCCAGUUUGGAUAACUAAAGCUAUCAAUUCUAGUGUGAUCACCUUUUGGUCUAUUCCACGUGUUUGGGUCAGGUGAGGGUUGGACUGCAGUGCUACCGUGCUGCGCCCCAACCCUGCCGUGUUAUUGCUGGUGUGUACAGCAGGAGGGAGUUGCAUUCAGGGGGUUUGCUUCCGUGCAACAAAAUAGGCAUCAAAAAUAGCUGGUUGUUUUUAUGCAGCAAUAAAAGUCACAGCUCUACUGUCCCAGUGAGGCCAAGGGGUGAGAAUCCAGCAGCACCUCACCUUUUAAGGAGUAAAGCUGUGUGGGCUAUGUUUCAUUUCACAUGUGGCUCAGAUUUGUAAGGGUUUUCAGCUGUUGCCUCGGCAUUGCUGUAAUUUUCCUCAAGAGAACAAGGAUCACCUAGUUCUCCUGACAUCCAAGCCACGUACGUUACACCGCUGAGAGGUACGUACUAGCUAGAGGUGCUCUCUGUUAAGGCUACAUCUUUUCAUAACACUAUUCAGCAUGCUCUCUUUCUAUCUCUGAGUAUUUCAAUCACGAACUGCAAAAAAAUUAAGCUUGCCAAGGGGUGGGAAGAAGUAUGGGGGUGUGGAACACUUGCUGGGAAAUUCCCAGCAACCGACAUAUGAACUUGUUCUGGUCGCCAGCAGUCUGCUGUCAUCUCUUCCAGGAGUUUGCUGCAGUCAGAAUUUGGUGGGGACAGUGGGGCUGCAUUAUGGUGGCUGUGCCUUUUUCCUUGCGUUAUUCUCCUGUUUUGUUCUUGCUGCUGGCAGUCGUUUUUACCCAUUGCUUGGGGUUGCAGUGCAAAGAACAUCAAUAUCCCUUUGGCGAAAAAUGCUGCAAGUACUGUGCUCCUGGUGAAAGAAUGAGAAGUCGCUGCACAGCAACAACAGACACAGUCUGUGCCCCCUGUCAAAACGAAUACUUCAGUACCGAGUACAACCACAACUUCUGCAAGAGCUGUACAAUCUGCAAAGCGACAAAGGGGAGUGUGGAAGUGAAGAAGUGUGAGAAGACUUCUGACAGAGUUUGCAGGUGUAUAGCGGGUUACAUGCCAGAUGCCAGAUAUCCCCUGGGGAGUGUGUGCUUACCGUGUCCUGAAGGGUUUUAUUCCACAGGGGGAAAUGGGAACUGUCGACCUUGGACCAACUGCAGCGCUGUUGGGAAAACGACUCUUCGAGCAGGAACAAAAACAGAUGAUGCUGUUUGCAGCAGCCAUGUGACACAGCCAACCCCUCCUCAGAGUGCAACACCUGCUUUGGAUCUUUCCACUGCCAACCACAGGAAUAAUACAUCGCCUACAGUGCUCUCACCCUCCAAAUCCAGCGUGAUUCCUUCCGUUAUUUGCUCGGAUGUGAACAGCACCACAGAGACUAACUGGGGAUCUCUAUCACUUAUCCUUAUUUGUCUGAUACUGCUUAUGGUGUCUGGAAUGUCCAUCUUCCUGUUGAUUAUCCAAGCAGCCAAAAAAACAACCAAGAAGAGGCCUUACAGGAGCAACCAUCAGAAAGAAAGGAGCUUUCGAAUUCCUGUCCAGGAAGAACAAAUUGACUCCAAUUCCAGUCUCAUCAAAAACUGACUUCACGUUGCGUUACUGUUUCCUGCAUUUCUGAGCCGAUUGAUCGUAACAACUAAUGUGGCACAACUUUCAGCGGCUAUCUGAGUGGAUGUAUGUCAUUGUUAGAUUGCACUUCCAUUCCUUUGGGACUCAUGGAGUUGUCCCUUUGGCAUUAGGACCCAUGGGAGUAGCUGCUCUCAAAUCACGACUCUUCCUGUGCACAGCAUCCCUGGUACUGGGCCUGAGUUGAUACAGUCCUCUGUGCAUUUCUAGCCACUUGUCUUUGGGCUGCAGAAAGUGUUUACAAAGCUGUAAGAGCUAAUCAUUGAGCAAACUGACAUACAGGGGAAAUUAAAAGACCUGCUUUAUAAUUAGGUUUAUAUCUUGCCCUACAACUCUGAGGUGCUGAGCAGGGCGCGUCUCUUCCCUCAGUGGAGCCAUUUCCAGGAUUUCAGUUGAGCUCCCAAAGGAGUUCUCUUCCUUUUAGGUGGAGAAUCUCCAUGGACGGACCUAGCCAGCUUCCUUUGUGCUUCCAUUUUGUUUUUCCUUUUUUUUUUUUCUUAGUCAAAAUCAGUGGCAUAUGUCAACUGUGCCUCCAGAGACGGUUGUCACAGCUGCUAAUUCUGGUGCUGGCUUUUAAGCAACAGUUAAGAGAUGGCUAUUCAGUGCUACUCCUUUCCUUUCUGCCUUUCUUUUGGGCAGACCCAUUGAGAAAAUGUCACUUUAACGUUGAGCAGUAUCCCCACAGGCCAACAAGAGGAAUUAUUCACCAUCACUGAGUAGCUCCAGAUCCCCAAGUGUUUGGAAAUCUGUGAGAUCUUCAUCUGUGUGGAAAGUAGAAUCUGUGUACUCGCUGCCAGAAGGCAAAGGGAAUGCUAAUUUCUGAUUAGAAGAUUAUCAGUGAAAGCUGUAAUUCAGAGCAGGGGGAAAGUAGAGUACAACUUGUCUGCACUGUAGACUUUAGUAGUUGCUGUAUAAAAGUAAUGUUUUAUCUGUAAGCUUUGUGCAUACAACAUGUUCUCUGCUGCUUCUUGGUGUGGGUGUUCUGUUGUGCUGAAUAUCCUGGUGUGUCUAUCCCCAGCAAGGCUGCUUCAGUCAAGCUUGAAGAGUAAAAUAGCGUAGUUUAAACCACUUCUGUGGGAGUUGACUGCUUGCUUCGAAGUAACGCUGUGGAUGGAGAAACCCACAAGCGAGUUUGUUUCCAGGUGGUCUGGAUUUGGGGAAAACCUUUUUAUGUCCUAGGUUUAGUAGCAUGUACAUGGACAUUUAGAGUUUUUCUGCUGUGAAUGAUAAUUUUGUGGUGAUAACUCCCUAGAUGAUCUCUUCUCUGUUGGUAAGAGGCAAGCUGAACUUGUAACACAGUGUUGACCAUAUGGGCCUUCAAGAGUUGUAUUUUUGCAAAGAUAUGUGAAGAUCAUGAAACAGUGGAUGGAUGCCUAAACUGUGCUCUGACCGUUCAUAUGGACGGUCACUUCUGCCUGCUGUCAGUGGAACCUGCCUCAGAACUGAAGAAUUUUUCUUCACGUGGUCUGUUCACAGUUAAAAUACCCCUGGUUGUUUGCCUGCAUGCUGUUUGAAAUUAAUUUUACUUCUGUAAUGUUUUUUCGUGAGUUAAUCAAUGCGUCUUUUAAAGAACAUUCAAAUUUUAGAUAAUAAAUUCAAAGCCUAAUUUCUUUGAGACAAGUAAGUGUUAUUUUGAAUAACUCUUGAUGUAAUUUAAAUAUCUUGGUGUAAAAGUGUGAGAAGUGAACUUGAAAGUUGUAUCAUUCAGAAGUGUUUUCACUUCAAAUACUCCUUAGUAGAUAACUCAUAUUCUAUAUACACAGUACCAAAGCAUAUGGCAAAAUAUGCAGCACGGAAAUGUAUUCAAGAAUACAACUGGUUGUCUAACAUUAUAUGUUAUACAUAUGGUGUACUUAGUGGCUUCCUAUUUUGAAGUGCAUAUACAAUGUAUAUAAAUAUUUGUAUUAUAUAUGAAGUAUAGUACUGACUUUUUCAAAUAAAUUGUAGUAGUGACUA